AGCACAGUCGCUCUCAAGAUUCUCCCGAUAUAAAUUGACCAAACAGCGCUACGGUGACUAUACCGAUGAAGUGCUGUGUCGCGUGCUCGUGGGGCCCCCUGUCACUUAGUGUAUCCACAAUUCUUUGCAAAAAGAAGCUUACAAAAGUUCAGUAAAGCCGCUCACGUUUUGCUGCAGACAGAUCUCGUCCUCGCAAAAAUAUUCGAAGAAAGUACCCCGCCGGAGAUCGAUCGAUCUUGGCCGGAGACGAAUGAGCGCGUAUGACGCUUGACUCUACGUUACUGCCGGCCACGACGACUACUGCCACGAUGGCCGAGGAGGUUGACACAAACGAUAACGCGGCGAUGGAAAGUCUAGCGCAAAACCUGCUGGAGGUCAGUGCCGGAGAGGGUGACUCGUCCACGCUGAGCGAAGUGGGCGCGCUGCAGUUUCAAGCGUCGCAAGUGAUCUCGCGGUUGGAACAGGCAGUGGAGCGAGCUGCCGACGGCGGUGGUGGUAGUGGUGGCGGCGGUGACGGCGGUGACGGCGACGGUAGCACGUGGAACAACCCCUCAGGAUUCCUGUCGCAGCCGAAAAAACCGGAUGAGAUAUUAGCGUUGAUACAGGAUUUAGUACUUCAUGAGGAUGCACCACAACCAGUGGAAGUUGGUUCUACGGACACACCAGCCAGCCAGAUUACUGCGCUGCCAAUUUUGAAUGAGGCGGCAAAAUUGGCUUUAGUCACACACACCGUUUCAGCUUACGCUGCAGCGCUACCAAAGCCACACGCGCAGAAACUUGCCGGUCGCCUAGCAGCUGACACGACAAGAUGGCUCAGCCAUAUCUUUCGCUUUGUCGACUGCGCGUCGUCCUUCCACGAGGAUCACUUGGAGGGACUGAUCAGAGUAACGCGAUUGGCUUUGCACCGAAAGUACCCGAGGUAUAUGGAGGAGGGCUUUACCGCACUCGCGUCUAUGCCACCCUUGAUUUACAGCUCCGUUGCUGCACCCUUGGGUGUCGUCCAACACUUGUGCAGACAGCUCUCUUUACCGCUUCACUGCAUACGGCCGAUCCCACAUAAUACUAUGUUUGGUUCGAGACAUACUAUGGACAUCUCGGCGUUGGAGCGACGUUUAGCGGAGGACACACAGUCGAACAAUGUAACACCGUUAUUGGUCCUGGCCGAGGCUGGCUCGGUAUUAACAGGCCAUUGUGAUAACAUUACGCGAUUACGAGCGAUAUGCGACAAGUAUAACGUCUGGUUGCAUCUCAGAGGGCACUCGUUAGCUGCGCUGGUAUUGAACAACUCGGCGAAAGAUCUGCCAUCGAAGAUCGCGGAUAGCAUUACGUUACCACUCGGGGUUUGGCUGGGUAUACCUUCGCUACCGGUGGUUACACUAUAUAGAUUAGCGGAUAUUAAAGGAGGCAGGCCCACUCCCAGAGAUACCACGUUAUCACUAGUUUCAGGAUUGAUGGCAGAUUCACUGUCGAGACGUUUGCCGACCUUGCCUUUGUGGGCUGUUUUGCAGAUAUUGGGUCGGGACGGUGUGCAUAACAGAUUUAAAAGGUGUUUUUUGGUUGUGGAAGAAUUGUACAAUAAGAUUAAAGAAUUCCCCUGUAUUAGAAUAUUGAGUCAACCGCCAGGCGGUGAAACGGAAACUUAUACGAUAAACGAGUAUCUGACGAAUCCUGUGAACAAUCUACAGUUAUUCGAGGUGGUGGCAAGCGCGUUAGUUUUUCAAUUCAUACCUACGAAUAAGAAUCUUCAAACUACGGAACGCGUACUACCCUAUUACGACAAGUUAAACUCUUGGUUAGGGCAGAUUCUUCAAAGAGACAUUGAUAAUGUACAAAUAGAGCUUUGUGAUAUAGAACAUUGCGGUGUCGCGAUCCGUAUAUGUCCAUUGGAGAAUCCCGACCGGCCACCAACGUCCGAGGAUAUAGACAAUUUGAUGACUUGCCUUGAACAACAAAUAGAAAUAUUGAUAGCAACAGUGGAGCAUAAAGACACGUUCGUACGUUUAGUCUCCGAAAACGAUUCUUUACAUUUGGUGGAAAUGCCGGGUUGGGCAGGUUUAGGAGGUGUGCGUUAUGCUCCACCUACGUGGAUUCACGUAAUGACCGAUCAAGCGAAAGAAGAAUUAAAUAGACUGAACACGCAGCUGGUCGAAACCAUACGCAGCACAGACGCUGCGUUUUCUCUCGGAGAAGGCGCGGAUGGUUUAGCUUGCGUGCGAUUUGGUAUGGUAACACAAGAUACAGAUGUGGCUGAACUGUUAACUUUAGUCUUGCAAGUUGGCCAAGAGGUGGAAGCUAGCUCCAAAAUGCUAGACACUAUAUCCGAAGUGGUGAAAAGAGGAAUCGAGACAGCGCAGAUCGAUUUGGAAAGGGAAAACGCGGAGAAACUUUGGCAAGAGGGUAUCCUCCGACAUGUCCCUGUAGUAGGGACUUUCGUUAAUUGGUGGAGUCCUCCUUCAAAGGAGACAGGCGUCCGUGGUCGUAGUCUAAACCUGCAAGCUGGUGUCGUGGAAAGUACCGAGAAUAUUUACAAGUAUCAUAUGCAGUUGCAACCAAAUUUCACAAACAGUAACGGCUCCGGGGCUAGAACUCCGCCGCAGCCGUUAGUGCAAACGCCGGUUGGUGCUAAUAGUCAGAAUCACAGUCGAUCGUCUAGCCAUUCUAGCCUACAGAGCGGUAAGAGUAUGCCUCUGAUAAGCAGUGUCACUUCCCAGCAUCAAGUAAAGGAAGAAUCCGGACCGAUAAAGUCGUAGUGAACAUUGUAUCUUUACCAUCGAGAGCACAUUGUUCUCGAGUGAUCAAAUUUGGCACAAGAGCGAUGCUUUUACAUGAAACGUUUACUCUUUAUAUUUGCAAGGAGCAUUAAAUCGUAACUCGUAAUCGCAAGAACUGUGCUGUAAGCGAACCGGGUGCUGUAAGCAAAAUGCGUGUCGGUUUAAUUUUUCUUCGCCAUUCACUGAUACUUUUCGUCGGCUGUCUCUCUUCUUGUGUUCCUCUAUAUCUCUAGAAUGUGUCUCCUGAGCAAUCCCUUUCGCAUGAAAAUUUCGUCGAGCUGAACAGUUAUUCCAAAGCGCGAUCGCGACUUAAUGCCAUGGAAUGGGCUCAUGUACUUACUAGACUGAUACAGCAAUGUCGCUUUUAUGAUAAGUUACGUAUACGUUUACACAGUGAAAUACCUCCUGCAGCACCAUAGUCAGGACAAAGCUCCCUCUUAAAUUGUUUCUCUUUAUUUUUUAAUAUUAAUUCUUCUGUGCAGUGAUUUAAAAAAAUGUAAUAUCAUAUGAAACUUAUUUAACAAUAAAUAAUUUUAUUGCGACGUAUUUGUGCGGCUAUGUAGUAAAUAAAAUUAUUUAUUGCUAAGGGA